CUGUGUCAUUUAAAAAUUUAUAUUGAUAAAAAUGGUGGAUUUAGCGAAUUGAGCAAAAGUGAAUCGAGGAGACUCAAAGAUUUGGAUCUAGAAUCCAAAAAAGCAAGUUUGCUAUCGAGGGUAAGUGUCAUACAUGCUUUUCGAGAGAAUCAUUCCCAAUAAUUUUUUAGGUUGAGCUUUCUCAAUUCAUUUUUGCAAAAUGUGGAGCGGGUAUCGAUUAUUUAGAAAGUUUAACAGAAAAAGACUUCAACAAAUGCAUCAAACCAUUAUACGAAGUGAUUUAUUUGAAAAUUCAUCAAAUUUCAAGAGGGAUAGGGAGAUCAAGUUAAUCUUUAUAUAAUGUUUUCAGAGUCUCAACUAUAAACUAUUUUGUGGAGCUAACCUGCCAGUCUUGGAUACUGCUUGCUUGGAGCUUGUCAAAAUGCACAAAAAUAUCCUCCAAGAGUUCAUCGAAGUAUUUUUAUCAGUAUACAAAACGAAUCCAAUUGCAUUGAUCAGGCAAUUACGAAAAUUGAGAAAUCAAAAUGGCGUGACAGAUUCGGACAAGGAGAGGAAAACCAUAUUGAAAAUAGAAGAACACAGAAUGAUACGAUUUGCUAUGGACAAGAAAGUUCGAAAGGGGGUGGCGUCAUAUUUAUUGAUAUAUGCGUCGGAAGCUAAUGAAAUAGGAAAGUUAUUGUUGAAUUAAAAACACGUGAGAAAUAAAAAACUAGGUCAAGUGAUGUGGAUUUAAAAACAGUAUAGGUAGCCAUGUCGUCAAUUGCGAUGCGGUUCUGCGUUGCGUGUUGACCUCGGUAUUUUCCAUUGGAUUUGUCAAAUUUUCAUUUCUAAAAACGUGUCGCCCACACGCAUCGCAACUGACGACAUGGCUACCUAUACUGUUUUUAAAUCCACGUCACUUGACCUAGUUUUUUAUUUCUCACGUGUUUUUAAUUCAAUAAUAAAUAGAUUCUUGACGUGAGUAAAACUUUAAAUACAAAUACUUUAUCCCACCUACUCAAUAUUUUUCAGGCAAAAGCCUAG